AUGACCGUCACAGAAGUGAAGGGGCUCCAAGAAUUUCGGGACACUCUCGACAACCACCCUAUUGUGCUUGUGGACUUCUGGGCUACAUGGUGCGGACCCUGCAGAGCUAUAAGCCCUAUCGUUGAAAAACUUUCCGAAAGCACUCCAAGUGUUCAUUUUAUCAAAGUUGAUGUCGACCAAGCACAAGACGUUUCCGAAGAGUACGGCAUUCGAGCUAUGCCAACGUUUAUGAUUUUCAAAAAUGGCGAGAAGGCUGGCGAGGUCGUGGGAGCUAAACCUCAAGAGGUGGAAGCACUUAUCAGUCGACAUGCUUAG